GGGACUCGCCAGGCAACAACAGAACACAUCGCAGGAGGAUAUGUGAAGUUGGAAUCCCAGUAAACUAAUGCUGUGAAGUGGCUCUGUCCCUGGAGCCAAGACUUCAUCCCCUUGGUGUCAGCGAGGAUGCUGUGGGUUACCUUGCUGAGCACCAUAGCCUUAGGAUGGACCACCCCGAUCCCACUACUGGAAGACUCAGAGGAGAUCGACGAGCCCUGCUUUGAGCCCUGCUACUGCGAGGUCAAAGAGGGCAUCUUUCACGUCCACUGUGACAGUAAAGGAUUUACAAAUGUCAGCCAGAUCUCCCAGAUAUGGAGCCGGCCCUUCAAGCUCAACCUGCAGAGAAAUUCCAUGAGAAAGCUUUACUUUAACAGCUUCCUCCACCUCAACAAUGCCAUAUCUAUUAAUCUGGGUAAUAACGCUUUGCAAGAUAUCCACGCAGGGGCGUUCAAUGGCUUAGGAAUACUCAAACGGCUGUUCCUACAUGAAAACAAACUAGACGUUUUCCGGAAUGACACUUUUCUGGGGUUGGAGAGUUUAGAAUAUCUCCAGGCGGACUACAAUGUUAUCAAACGGAUUGAAAGUGGUGCAUUCAGGCACCUUCACAAAUUAAGAGUGCUCAUACUAAAUGACAAUCUGAUCCCUGUGCUCCCAAAUUAUCUUUUCCGGUCUGUGUCACUCACACAUCUGGACCUGAGAGGAAACAGACUAAAGACAUUGCCGUAUAAGGGCACACUGGAGUACGUUGGGAGGAGCUUAAUGGAAAUCCAGCUGGAGGAGAACCCAUGGAACUGUGUGUGUGAGAUUGUCCAGUUAAAAACAUGGCUGGAGAGAAUCCCUUAUACAGCUUUGGUUGGUGAGAUCACAUGUGAGUACCCAUUCCACUUACAUGGGAAAGACUUACGGGAAAUCAAGCGCAGUGAGCUCUGUCCGCUGCUCUCCGAUGCAGAGAUCGAGGCCAAGCUCGGAAUUCCCCGGGUCCCAUUCAGCAAUGAGAACACAUGGCCUACUAAACCUUCCUCCAUGCUCUCCUCCGUUCACAACACAGCCUCUUCUGUGGAAUACAAGGAAAGAGUUGUCAAGCCUACCAAACGAUCUCGGCCUACAAAGAACCCUCCAACCCCUCGUAGCAUCUACCCAGGCAUCAACCAGCCCCCUGUUGCUGGCUACCAAACAAGGCCUCCCAUCCCAAUAAUUUGUCCAGCUGGAUGUACUUGCAACCUCCACAUCAAUGACCUGGGGCUAACAGUAAACUGUAAAGAAAAAGGCUUUCACAACAUCUCUGAGCUCCUGCCUCGGCCCCUCAAUGCCAAGAAAUUAUAUCUCAGUGGGAACUUAAUACAGAAAAUCUACCGUUCUGAUUUUUGGAACUUCUCAAGUUUGGAUUUACUGCAUUUAGGAAAUAAUCGGAUAUCCUACGUCCAAGAGGGCGCCUUUAUCAACCUGCCAAACUUAAAAAGUUUAUAUCUGAAUGGUAAUGACAUUGAGAGACUCACACCUGGGAUGUUUCGGGGGCUACAGAUGUUGAGUUAUCUUUAUUUUGAGUAUAAUGUCAUACGUGAGAUUCAACCUAACUCCUUCUCCCUAAUGCCAAACCUCCAGCUGGUUUUCCUGAGUGACAACCUGUUACGCUCCCUCCCCAAUGAAGCUUUUGCUGGCACCAACCUUGCACGCCUCAACCUCCGCAACAACUACUUCCUUUCCCUGCCUGUGCAUGGCGUUCUGGAGCAUCUGACCUCUAUUGUCCAGAUUGAUCUACAUCAGAACCCCUGGGACUGCUCCUGUGAUAUUAUCCCCCUAAAACAGUGGCUGGAGAAGCUCUCCUCUGUCAUUGUGGUUGGAGAUGUCAUCUGCAAGACACCUGAGUUUGCUUUUGGAAAGGACCUGCGUUCACUGGAGGUUGAGGUCAUCUGUCCUGAGCUCAAGUAUUCUUCAGGCCCCUCACCCGCCCGGCCUGGUGGGGAUGACCUUACCACGGGGAGCUCUGACAUGGGGGAGGCAGGUGGAAGAGGGGCUGUCCCGCUGUCUGUCCUCAUCCUCAGCCUACUCAUCCUCUUCAUCUCUGCUGUGUUUGUGGCUGCCGGGCUUUUCGCCUUUGUUCUUCGUCGCAGGAAGAAGCUUCCCUUCCGGAAACGUUCUGAGGUAGAUCUGACAGGGAUCCAAAUGCAAUGCAGGAUUUUUGAGGACCCACCAAGGCAGAGCAGUGCCGGUAACACUGGCACACCAGAGAAACCGACACCCAGUAUGCACACUCACACUAGUCACACACAUGCUCAUGGUCACGUUUAUGAUUACAUCCCCCACCCUGUGACUCAGAUGUGUAACAACCCCAUCUAUAAGCCUAGAGAGGGGGAGAUAGCAGCAGAAGACAGAGUGCAUUUUUCACAGAAGAAAGAAAAUGGCAGCAGUAGCAACAGUAACUACAGAACCUUGUUAGAGAAAGAGAGAGAGUGGACUCUGGCUGUCUCCAACUCUCAACUCAACACUAUCGUCACAGUCAACCACUCCACGGCUGAAAUGGCAGGAUUUCAUGAGAACGGAGGGCUCUGCCCUACAGUAAUUGACAGUCAGAGGCCCACGCCAACAGUGGGCUUUGUAGACUGUUUGUAUGGGACAGUACCCAAACUAAAGGACAUGCAUGUGGCGCAUGCGCACCCACCAGGCAUGCAGUACCCGGAUUUGCAGCAGGAUGCACGGCUGAAGGAGACAUUGCUUUUCACGACGGGGAAAGGCUGCUACCCCGAACCGUCCCAAAGCGAUUACCUCGAGUUAAGGGCCAAACUUCAAACCAAGCCGGAUUACCUCGAAGUCUUGGAAAAAUCUUACCGGUUUUAACAUCUCUAACCCAUGGAGAAAAAACAACACAUUCAC